AUGCCGUCACACGAAAAGGACAAGCCGUGGGACACGGAAGACAUCGACAAGUGGAAGGUCGAGACCUUCAAGCCGACAGACAAUGUCGGCGGCUCCUUCGUCGAAGAGUCCAGCUUCUCCGUCCUCUUCCCCAAAUACCGCGAAGUAUACCUGAAGGAAGCAUGGCCACUCGUCACCAAGUCGCUAGAGAAGUAUGGCAUCGCCUGCAGUCUCGACUUGAUUGAGGGCUCCAUGACUGUCAAGACCACGCGAAAGACAUAUGACCCCGCUGCCGUGCUCAACGCCCGCGAUCUCAUCAAGCUCCUCGCCCGAAGCGUUCCUGCGCCGCAGGCCGUCAAGAUUCUCGAGGACGGAGUGGCAUGCGACAUCAUCAAGAUCCGAAACCUGGUCGGCAACAAGGACAGGUUCGUCAAGCGCCGGCAGAGGCUUCUCGGACCCAACGGCUCGACGCUGAAGGCGUUGGAGCUGCUCACCGAGACGUACAUCCUCGUGCACGGCAACACCGUGUCGGCCAUGGGGCCGUACAAGGGCCUCAAGGAGGUACGGCGCAUCGCCAUCCAGACCAUGGACAACAUCCACCCCAUCUACGCCAUCAAGCAGGUACGUUUAUGGUUGUUCCUUGUCCUCGCCCCGGAUGCAGGGAUCAGGUGA